AUGUUCGACCUCAAUCGCCUGGGACUAUCCGACUGGACAACAAUCGAACCGCUCUUCGACAAAGCCAUCAAUUCGCCUUCAGAGAUUACGCCAGAGGAAAAGCACCAGAUCGCACAAUGGGCCCCUCGCGAGGACAUGGAGGAGCGGUGCCAGAAAUACCUUGGUCGCUCAUUGCAAGAUCUGAUACAAACAGCGGCUAAUGAUCCAGACUCGCUCACCUACCCAGAAUGGCGACUGCUAUGUGACGGCUUCUACAUAAUGAAAUUAUUGCUCUCAGGGGAACGUUUUAGCGUGAUGGGCAGUCGGAUGUGGAAGCAGGAGGACCUUUCGGACAAAUGGCAGCGGGCUCUGAAGUCUGUUCUAACGCCGCUUGAGUUCCGGGCGCAUCAGGCCUCGCAGGACACGCAGUUGUGCUUGAAGAAGAUGGCGGAGCUUAGGAAGCAGCAAGAGCAGCAUCCUGACUACGAGCCUACCCCGUGGAAUCCAACGAAGCCGCCGCGUUGGAUACAGCGUAUACUUGACCAAGGAGGGGAUAUGAGCUGGGGAUAUGUGAUCUUUUGUUAUUCACUGAGCGGGUCGGAGGCGUGGCAGAAAUUCCAUGAAGAAUUUCAUGAGCGGGUCGAUUGGCUUCCAGCUGCAAGGCCCGGGGGCGACAAGCUGCAGUCUACAAAAAUUGUUGAUUUGACUAAUUUCGAUGGGCCGGAGGGCGAUAUUGGUCUGCUGCGCGCGCGUUUCCGGUCCAUGCGAGACGCCGGAGAACUACGACAUGGACUCAUGCGAGAUGUAUUCCUCUACGUUAGCACGGAAUGUCGAGAUUCGUGGCAAGACCGCCGGGCCUUCCCCUGGUGCUGGGCAGUUGAUCCCGACUGGACCCUUGACGGGGCAGACGAAGACGGCUAUGAUGGACGAGUCCCUGUGGCGUGGGGCAUUGCUUACGACAAGUUCUACAGAUUUGUGUCUUUGCAUGAGUUCUCCCUGAAAGACAUGUGGCGGGAUUGGCAUGAGAUGCGUCGAGAAUUACCGGAUCAGCGGCAGCCUGGGUGGGCAUUCACCAAGCUUGACCGUCCCCGCUGGCCCUACAACUGA